UUCUCAUAAUGCACCCGCAGACCUCUCUUGCUUGCCUCAUGCCUAUUGCGCGUGCCCGCCUAAAUCUGUGCCCCAGACCCUAGCAGGGUGAUGCGCGUGCCCGAACCUGACUCGAUAAUUGGGUAUAGCGGAAGUUUAGCAUUGGACUAAUAGAAUAUAUAAAAUAUCCUAACAACCUUGUUCGAUUAUUAUCAGUGUAAAAUAUGAAAAACAUGUCUGGGAAAUCAUUGGAAAGGUGCAUAGAAGGUGCAUGGGAAAGGAUUAACCCUUUCUAAAUGCACUGGCACUGCACAUCAAGAUCACCAUUCCGCUAGACGAGGAUAAUAAUUACUGGGGUUGUAUAUUGGUUUGAAGCAUUGUUUUGCAGACCAAUUAAGCUUGUCGAUGGAUUAUAAACAGCAUUGCAACUUUAAUACAUUUUAUCAAUUUUAACGGAGGCAGUCUGGAUGGCAAUCUGAGCGCGCAACGAUGCCAUGCAUCACCAUGCAUUUAUAGAAAUUUGAAUUAUUCUCCCAUCUCUGGAUCAGCGCACAGUUAAAUGAGAAAAUAUAAACUAAAAGUAGCACUGUUUGUUGUUUUUCGUUUAGAUGUGGUUGGCCUCUCGCGAAUGUGUUUACGUUCUUCAUCUGAAGGAUUAGUAUAACAACAUUUCUUGUGGGCUAUAUGUAGCUCGAAGGCAACUGUACGCUAAUAUAAUUUUUGGGAGAUUCAUCGGGCUUGCAAUACAGCCACAUCAUGUAUGCUGGACGUAAAAGGAGAAAACCAGUCCAGAGAGCGGUGAAACAGCCCCCAUCAGAAGGGGCCAAGUCGAACCCCUCCAAGCGCCACCGGGACCGUCUAAAUGGAGAGCUGGAGAGGCUGGCCAGCCUUCUGCCCUUCCCAGAGGAGGUCACCACCAGCCUGGACAAACUCUCCAUCCUCCGCCUAAGUGUCAGCUACCUCCGGGCCAAGAACUUCUUCACUGUAGCCCUGAAGAACUGUACUUGCAAUGGAGAGCUGGCCAAUGGUGGUAGCGAUGACAACGGCAAAGCCACGGGAUUGGCCGAUAGUUGGCUGCCUGAAGGCGAACUCUUGCUGCAGGCUCUGAAUGGCUUCAUCCUGGUGGUCACUAAUGAUGGGACCAUUUUUUACUCCUCUCACACCAUCCAGGAUUACCUGGGCUUCCACCAGACUGAUGUGAUGCACCAGAGUGUGUAUGAGUUGGUUCAUACUGAGGACCAGCAGGAGCUGAGGAGUAACCUCCACUGGGCCCUCAACCCACCUGACAUCGUGGCCCCUGUGACCCCACUGGGAGAGACCCCCUCAGAUGCGGAGCCGGACAGCAGCACUACUGCCACUGUGACCUAUAACCCUGAGCAGCUCCCCCCAGAGAACUCUUCCUUCCUGGAGAGGAACUUUGUGUGUCGCUUCCGAUGCCUCCUGGACAAUUCCUCUGGCUUCCUGGCCCUAAGUCUGCAGGGCAGGCUGAAGUUCCUGCAUGGCCAGAACCAGCGCCAGGAUAACGGGGGCAAGGCGCCCCCCCAGCUGGCCCUGUUUGCCAUCGCUACGCCCCUCCAGCCCCCCUCCAUCCUGGAGAUCAGGACCAAGAACAUGAUCUUCAGAACCAAACACAAGCUGGACUUCACACCCAUGGCAUGUGAUGCAAAGGGGAAAAUUGUGCUUGGGUAUACUGAAGCUGAACUUCGGGUGCGAGGUUCCGGCUAUCAGUUUAUCCAUGCGGCGGAUAUGUUGUACUGUGCUGAGAACCAUGUCCGAAUGAUGAAGACAGGAGAGAGCGGUCUGACCGUGUUCAGACUCCUCACCAAGGACAACUGCUGGAAGUGGGUCCAGGCCAACGCCAGGCUGGUCUACAAGAACGGCAAACCAGACUACAUCAUCGCCACGCAGAGGCCUCUGAUGGAGGAGGAAGGGGGCGAGCACCUAUGUAAACGAUCCAUGCACCUCCCCUUCACCUUCGCGACGGGAGAGGCCCUGCUCUACCAGUCUAACCACCCAAUUGCACGCUUCAACGACGGUGCCCAGGGCUCUGAGAAUAACGUCAGCAAUACCAAGAAGGGACGGACUGACAGGGUCUCCAGGGAUGGCCUGGACCCAGGCUCCCUCUUGGGGGCGCUGAUGAGUCAGGAUAAGUCUGUGUACGUCUGCCAGCCGGCCCUGGAGCCCAAGCUGUCCUUCCACAGCAGUCUGUUUGGGGACCGGGUCGGCCUCUCUGACUCCGACCCCACUGCUUUGCUCCAGGGCUGGGAUGAGUCAUCCAAUGGUGUAGUGGGUCCGGGUCUUCCAGAGCCGGCGUCAAGCUUUGAUCCACUGCUGGCGACCCUAGACUCCCUGUCCCUGGAGGGUCAGGGGGGUGUGGUGGAUAGGGAAGGGGACAGAGGCAACGGGGAGGCCUGUUCCAAUGGGGAGCUUUUUGGGGCUCUGGAGGGCCUGGGGCUGAGCGCCGAGGACCUGGAGCUGCUGCUGCUGGACGAAAGGAUGAUCCAGGUGGAGAUGGACCCUGAGCGGGUUCCUACCCUGGAUGACCUGCUGACCAACGACGAAAUCCUCUCCUACAUCCAUGACUCCCUGGAGGCAAAGACAGACGCGGCAGAGGACGGGGGCCAGGUGCCCUCCACUAUCCCGGGUACAACUGCCCCAAUAACGACGACAACAACAACAAAGGCACCUGUUGAAAGUAGUCCCACUUCUGCCACCAAUGUGCACUCUCAAUACCUUCCUCAUAAGUCUUCCGUAGUGGGGCAGGCACCCAUAGUUCAGCUUUCUCAGGAGAUGCAGCAGUACCUCAGCAUGCGACCAGGGGUGUUGGUCCAAGAUUGGGCCCAGUAUAACAAUCACCUGCCCCAUCCUGUGGUGCAUGGACUCCAGGGGCAGAGUCAGCCCAUACACAAUGGACAAUGGACAUCCCAGCACAUUCUAGCCAGUACAGGGGUCCCGGUUGACCACUGUCACACCCCCCAGUCUCUGUUCAAUGGAAUGGCGUCAGAACCGGAUGGGGAUCUUCACCGGCGGCAAGCCAACCAGCACCAACACUACCUCCAGCAGCAUCAACAGCAGGACAUAGUCCAGAGCCAGCUCCCUCUGUGCCAUGCCAAACAGCCGGAAGCCAAUCUCAAAGGAGUGUAUGGCAUUCCAAACACACACACAGAGCAUCACCCAGCUAGUAAACAGCAGUGGCAGGACUACAGCUACAGCCACCUUGGGGAAACCACCCUGAACAGCAACCCCUGCCUCAGCAAUGGCCAUACCCCCGUCACACAACCCACCGUAGACGCUUGUAUGAAUUUCACUAUGGCUGAUAAUCCAGGCAUGGGUUAUAUCAUCAACGAAUGCUCGUAUGGGGGGAACGAGGAGCAACAGGGGACAGAGGCCGCCGUUUCAUCCUACCAGAGGAUGAACCACAAGCAGCAGCAGGAGCAGCUGCCCCCUCCCUUGGCUCAGGCGCUGUCCAGCCUCUCGCAUUGCCCUCCGCCAAACGCUACCCUGGAGCAGAUCCUGGGGGUUGGACAGUCCUACAGACAGCUGCCCUCACUGGAGGCCUAUGACAUGGUAACCUCUGACAUCCCUCACGACCCCAACCACAGUAAGAUGGAAAAUGGCUGCAUUUUUAACGGGACCUACUCAGGAGGCUGUGUUCUGCCCAAUGGGAAUGGUGUGGUGCCCUCUAACGGCCAGCUCCCCUGCCCUGACACUUCAUCCAGCCUCCCUGAUGCCCAGUCCUCAGGCUUUUACCUCUGACUGGGGACCACCAGGGGACACUGACUGACUGACUGACUGACUCAAGGACAACCAACCAUCCUACCACUUGACCAGCCUUGUACUGUACAACUAGUUGAUAACAUGGAUCAAAAACAAGACGUAGGCCUAAAUGUUUUCGGUACUUUUUGUUUUGUCUGAUGUUUUAUAAUAACAUAAUUAUCAUUUGAGUCCUUUGUUUAUAAUAUGCUGUCAGAGCGCUAAAGUUGAGUUUUAUUACGUUUUUUAAAAAUAACACAGAGAAGUAAAUGAGUCUUUUAACUGUUGUUUCUGUGUUUUUCAUGUUUAAAAAAAAAGCAUUCUCUUUUUCCUCCCAUUUGAAGUACAGCAUGGUAAUUGGUAGUCAAGGAGACACUACCUACCCCAGCAUGUAUAGAUGCUAAUGGCACCAUCAUCUUUAUGAUUUGUGACACAUGACAUCAUCAUCAGUGUUACGAGUUGUCAUACAAUAGGAAUGUAACUUUCAAAUGCAAAGGUCAAUGCUCAAGUUUACUGUAAUGGGUAAUGUAAUGAAUUGUCUUAGAAAAUGAGAUACGUGAUGUCAAGUAAAAAAAGGUUUAAAAAUGUUUAGAAUAUCUGAAUUUGGUCUAGAAUAUCCUGCACUUUAUUUCAUCCACCCACUGAUGCUGAUACGGAAGUCGGUCGGGAUACCAGGGUUAUUUAGGUCGGGGAUACCAGGGUUAUUGAGGUCGGGGAUACCAGGGUUAUUUAGGUCGGGGAUACCAGGGUUAUUUAGGUCGGGGAUACCAGGGUUAUUUAGGUCGGGGAUACCAGGGUUAUUGAGGUCGGGGAUACCAGGGUUAUUUAGGUCGGGGAUACCAGGGUUAUUGAGGUUGGGGAUACCAGGGUUAUUUAGGUCGGGGAUACCAGGGUUAUUUAGGUCGGGGAUACCAGGGUUAUUUAGGUCUUAUUUAGGUUUUUUUAACGUUUUAAUAUUUAAGGUGGCUGUUACUGAUGUAUGUUGGAGAAUCUGUAACAAUAAUUGUCUUUUUUUUGUAAAAACAAAUGGUAUUAUAUUUCAGGUGAUGGGUUGAUGUCCUCACAGGCACAUACACUUCUAUACAAUUGUCAUAAUAAUAUUUAUUUCACUUGAAUUAUCCUUUUGAUGUUGUCAUUGACAUCUUGUACCUCUGGGUUAGAGCUUGUCCAAUACUAAAGUCAACUGUGACUGAACGAGCAGAAGACACUCAUUUGACCUCAGUAUUUAUUUAUUUUACAACAAUUACGUUUUCAUCAAUUGUCAUUCAUGUCCUCUAACAUACAAUACAUUAGAGGGUAACAUCUUGGUGAGAGAGGAAGUAUAUUGUCAGAAUCUAUAGGUUUCCAACAACUAUUCCGGUCUUAAGAUGACGAUCUAAUGACAGUUCACUGACAGAUUUGUAAACAUUGAAAACCAAACGUGAGUAUUGUAAGGUCUCUUCUGGAAGGAUACAAUUUUGAAUGUUUUAUGUAAAUAGUAAAUGAUUGGGAAGUAAUGCUGAAUAGAAGUAUGUCAUCAUGAAGAUGCUGAAAAGAGAUUUCUCCUUGUAGUUGUUACAAUAAUUAUUGUCAUUAUUAUUGUUAUCAUUAUGAGUUUUAAGUUUUAAUGUGAUACAAGUGGUUACAUGUUUUCAGAAUCAACUUGGUUUCUUCCCAUUUCUUUUUUUUACUAUGAAAAUGUUUGAUAUAUUUAAUAUGAUUGAUGUGACCUAUUAACAAUGUGAUAAAAAAAUUGUACAUUAAAACAAACAAUGGUUUUGAGAAAUACGGGUAUGUAAUUAGGUUCUGUGUCAUUUCACUUGUUUUAAGCACUAUUUUUUGUUAAACACACUGCUGCUUCAACUCUUGUAUUGACUCAGUUUUGAUUGUACAUAUACUUGUACUUACUCUCAUGUCACUCUUCUGAGAUUACAAAAUUGUGCCAUACUACUGACACUCAAGGAAUUUAAUGUUUUGAGAACUUUAUUUAGUCUUUUACGUAGUCACAUUGAAUUGACAUUAACAUGCUAACAGGAGCAGGUGCAGAUGUUAUAAUGAUAGAAAAUGGAUACAUUUUUGCCCAUGUCCUUUGACUGCUUUUUUUGAAAUGUAUCCCUUUGGUCCUUUGAAAUAAAGGACU